AUGGCGUUUCCGCAGUUGGUUCCCCCUCGGACUCUCUGGAUACCUCAAAACGUCGGUUCUACAAACCUAGAUCGUUUUCGAACGACCGUCAAUAAAAAAAGAGCCUUAGAUCUCAGAGAUUACAGAGAUGUACAUUCAUGGUCGACUCAGGCUGACACGGCUUCUGAUUUCUGGGUCGAGCUGUUCGAAUACCAGAACCUGAAGCCAGGAGCUACCCCAAAACAUGCUUUCGAUGGCAGCACCAGCGACAAGAGCCUACCAAUAUUUCCACCACCACAUUUCUUCCCAGGUACCACCUUGAACUUUACGGAGCACAUUUUCCAGAAUAGGAUCCCUGGCAGAACGGCUCUCUACUUCGCUAAGGAGGGUUCUACAGACAUCGAAAGAAUUAGUUGGAAUGAGUUGUACACCCAGGUUCAGACAACUGCAGAAGCAAUGCGAAACAGUGGAGUGUGCAAAGGCGACAGGGUAGCCGCCGUGAUAACAAACUGCCCCGAAGCAAUUGUUGCGUGUCUCGCAACGCUCUCGAUUGGGGCCAUCUUCUCAACCUCGUCACCAGACAUGGGGACUCAGGGUAUCAUGGAUCGUCUGCUUCAGAUUGAGCCACGUCUGGUCUUCUUUGAGAGCUCAGUCUUCUACAAUGGAAAGACCCGCACCUUGAUGACCAAAGUUGGGGAAUGCAUAGCAGCAUUAAGUACAGUAUUAAAUUUUCGGGAAGCUAUACUUAUUGAACGUGAGGAGCAGCAGCGAGCGCAUACACUGCCGUGGACUGUCAGCUGGAUGCACUUCAACCGGCGCGCAAAUGGUGCGGAGCUGGGAUUCGAGCAAGUCCAGUUCCACCAUCCUGGCUUUAUUGUUUAUUCGUCCGGAACGACAGGACCACCAAAGUGCAUCGUGCACAGUGCGGCAGGGUUGCUGAUGAAAGCGAAAGUGGACUACAUGAUGGGUUUGAACGUGUGCCCGGGGGACACAAUCUACCAGUACACUACAACUGGAUGGAUUAUGUGGCCAUUACUCUUGUGCGGCCUGGCUUACGGCGCAAGCAUUGUGCUCUACGACGGGUCUCCCCUCCUCCCGGAUCCUUUGGCAACUCUGCAACUAGUGGAGAAGUUGAAAGUCACCCUGUUCGGAACUUCGGCUAGAUUUUUAACAGAUCUCAUGAUGGCCGGGCUGAAACCACGAGACUCAAUCAAUCUUAACUCGUUAAGAACAGUAUCGUCCACAGGCUCAGUCCUGGGUGCAGAAGUCUGUGAAUGGUUCUACGACCACGGCUUCCCGACCCACGUCCAUCUCGUGUCUGGAAGUGGAGGCACUGACGUAGCAGGAGCCCUUCUCACUGGAGAUCCUACCUCCGCUGUGUACGCGGGAGAGAUCCAGAGACCCGCGCUCGGCAUGGCAAUUGACGUUCUUGAUACUGAUGCCAAAACUCCAAAAACGGUCGCUGCGUCAGGGAUUGCAGGAGAGCUCGUCUGUCGGUUACCGUUUCCAAGUCAGCCUGUGAUGUUCUGGGGUCGAAAUGGCAAUACACGUUACCGGGAAGCAUAUUUCGAACAAUUCGGGAACGGCAUUUGGUACCAAGGAGACUUCGUGUCAAUGUCUCCAAUUACGGGUGGCUUUUUGAUGCUUGGCCGAUCGGACGGGGUGUUAAACCCAUCGGGCGUUCGUUUCGGCUCUUCCGAAAUCUACGGUGCAAUCAUGCACAUUUGCGAGUUUGAGGAAACGAUAUGUGUAGGGCAACGCCGACCCCAAGAUUUAGACGAGACGGUCAUCCUGUUUGUGAAGACCAAAAACAAUGUCCCCUUGACUUCAGAAUUGGUGGCCAGGACGAAAUUGGAGAUCUCGUCUGCGCUGACUCCACGCCACGUUCCAAAGUAUAUUUUCCAGGUGCCGGAGAUUCCGUAUACUGUCAAUGGCAAGAAGAUCGAGUUGGCGGUCAAACAGAUUGUGUCUGGAAGGCAGAUUACGCCGUCGGGUGCAGUCGCCAACCCGGACAGCUUGAAGCUGUAUGAGAAGUUCUUUCACCUGGAAGAGGUUCUUCGGACGAACCUUGGUCAUCCAGAGAAGCCGCGCUUAUAA